UCAUUACAACGCACCGGUCUCAGCGCUGAGGUGGACUUCUCUCUUAGGUAGACGUGUGUCAGAGGAGCUGCAAAACAAUAUACUUAAUUCUAAGCUGUGAGAAACACCUUGCAAACUCAUGAUGAUCAGAAUAGCUGCCUUUCUUGCUCUUCUUGUCUGCGCUUGUUCUGCUGAAAGCUGCACAGACCCUGUGAUCACUCCCUCGGCCUACACAACCUCGGAUGCCGUCAUCUCCUCCGAGUCCGUCUUCAUCGUUGAGCUCAGUCUGGCUUGUGCCAACGGAGCGCAGAGUGUGGCGCUGUAUGCUGAUGUCCAAGGAAGACAGUUCCCUGUGACCAGGGGCCAGGAUGUUGGAAAGUACCAGGUGUCUUGGAGUCUUCCCCACAAACAAGCUAGUUCUGGAACAUACCAGGUCAAAUUCUUCGAUGAGGAGUCUUACAGCUCCCUGCGGAAGGCUCAGAGGAACAAUGAAGAUGUAGCAUCCAUCCAGCCUCUCUUCUCUGUCAAUGUGGAUCACAGGGGUGCAUGGAAUGGCCCCUGGGUGUCCACUGAAGUGCUGGCGGCUCUCAUCGGCAUCCUCUUCUACUACCUUGCCUUCAGUGCCAAGAGCACCAUCCAGGCAUAGAGGAAUCUGAAGCCAUCUUUUGUUUUGUUUGACACUUUUGUAUCUUCAUGCAGAAUGACUGAGGGACACUGAAUUCACACGCACACACACUAAUCUGUGUGAUUUUAAGAUUGACUGUGUCUUAUUUGUGUGAAAUUCCAGAAAAUUCCAAUGUUUGUUUGUUUUUUUAAAUUGUGGAAUUGUGGAGUAACAUUCUGAGGGAACCAUUGUAAACAAACUCAAAAUGAUCAAAUGUACACUGUACACAGACAAAAUGUACGCAGACUGUUUGAUUUGUGUGAAAUGACGGAACAAUCUGUUUUGUGUUAGAAGUUGUGGGAAAUUCUCACAUCCCGAAGAACAUGUUGUAAACCAACUGAAAGAAGAACAUGUAAACAAACAAACGAGUGCAAAUGUAUUUGAAUAACCAGGACCUGAAAGCCAAGAAUUGUUGGUACUCAUCCUGACCCAGACAGAUGCAUGUAGAUAUGGCUUUGAGGCCUUCAAGAGCACAGUGUUUGCCUUUUAGCUUUCAUGCACACUCCUUUUCUGUAGCAUGGUCUUUUCAUUAACAGUGCAGAUUAAUAACGCCUUCAGGAGAGUAGAACAAUUCUUAAAUCUUCCCGGGCUCCUAAGGGGCAGGAAAUGUUUGUACAGAUUUGAUGCAUCUGCUUGCGAAAGAAGCCCAACAUUGUGUGAUUGGAGAUUUAUUCGGUCAAAUGAAUAAACGGUUUGUUACUA